CCAAAAUCAUGAUCACCAACUAUUUUUUAAAACCUAGCUACAGAGGAUAAAGUCGUUGCUUAAACAUCUUCUCGCCUAUAAAUAGAUCCAAAUAAUGUGAGGUUCCAUACUUCAAAAUCCAAAUCUGGCAAUUAAUUAUAGUUUAGGCUGCAAAUUAUGGAAUCCCAUGAUGAAGAGCAUGCUGCCAAACUACUUAGAGCUCAAACCCACAUAUGGAAUCACAUAUUUAGCUUCAUAAACUCCAUGUCCCUUAAAUGUGUGGUUGACUUAGGCAUACCAGAUAUCAUACACAACUAUGGCCAACCCAUGCCACUCUCAAACCUCAUUGCUUCACUACCAAUCCACCCAUCCAAAACUUGCUUCGUCCAUCGCUUGAUGCGAAUCAUGAUCCAUUCUGGCUUCUUCUCUCAACAAAAUCAUGACUUGGAGAAUGAGCUAGAAGCCAAGUAUGUGCUAACCGAUGCAUCUGUACUAUUGCUUAAGAACCAUCCGAUGAGUGUGACACCUUUCUUGCAUGCCAUGCUUGAUCCAGUUUUGACAAAUCCAUGGAAUCAAUUUUCUACUUGGUUCAAAAAUGGUGACCCUACACCAUUUGAAACGGCACAUGGGAUGAUGCUUUGGGAUUAUGCUGGCGCUGAUCCGAAACUUAAUAGCUUGUUCAAUGAUGCCAUGGCAAGUGAUGCUCGAUUUGUCACUAGUUUGGUGAUUGAGAAAUGUAAGGGAGUGUUCAUGGGAUUGGAGUCAUUGGUUGAUGUUGGGGGAGGCACAGGGACCAUGGCAAAAGCCAUUGCUAAAUCAUUCCCUCGGGUGGAAUGCAUUGUGUUUGAUCUACCACAUGUUGUUUCUGGCUUGAAAGGAAGUGAGAACCUUAAAUAUGUUUCAGGGGACAUGUUUGAGGCAAUUCCUCCAGCUGAUGCCAUUCUGUUAAAGUGGAUAUUGCAUGACUGGAAUGAUGAGGAGUGUGUGGACAUAUUGAAGAAAUGCAAAGAGGCGAUAACGAGGAAAGGCAAAGAAGGGAAGGUGAUCAUCAUAGACAUGGUAGUGGAGAAUGAGAAGAGAGAUGAUGAAUCAGUUGAAACACAGCUCUUCUUUGAUAUGCUGAUGAUGGUGUUGGUCACUGGAAAAGAGAGAAGCAAGAAAGAAUGGGCUAAGUUGAUUUCCUCUGCUGGUUAUAACAACUACAAGAUAACUCCAGUCUUUGGCUUAAGGUCUCUCAUUGAGAUCUAUCCAUAGUAAGUUAAUGAGAUGUGCCAGCACUCUAUCAUUCAUAUAUGUAAGGGCUAUAAUUUUUCUGUUUCGAUUCAUGAGUGAAUGUUGAAUAAGUAACAAUAGCAAUAGACUGAACUCUCUUCAUCAUAGUUGUGUUGUUGGAACAGUACUGUCAAGAAAGGAAAAAAAAAAGAUCUGAGGAUAAGUAUAGUUUGCGUGGUAUAUAUAGCAGGUGAAGAAGAAAAGGAACACGUGGUUAAAGAGCACAGCGAGAGUUUAGCAAUUACUUUUUUUUUUUUUUGGUAACUGAAUUUGCCUUGUAUUAGAUUUGUGAAGAACUAAGUUUGUGAGAGUUGUUAUUGAAUAAGAUUGUUUCUAAAGGGUUUGAUAAAGGUA